GAGACACAAAGAAAUCUGGGGAAAGAGGGCAAAAUCGGAAGCAGACCAUUUCUCCUCCAACUGGGAGGCAGUGGGUUCUCCUCUCUUUUCCACCUCAAGGUCUUUCUUCAAAUCCCAAACCCUCCAGAUUUCUGAGUGGUAUUUAUCUCCAGCUUCAGAAGACUGGGGAGAUUAAGAGGGACAAUGGAGAAAUGGGCAAGCAGACUAACACUGCCUCUUUUGCUGCUCCUGUUUCUUCUCCAACUGGGCCAUGACCAGAAGGUGACCCAUCGCCACUCACGACAAAUACGUCCUGAAGAAAAUAAAAUCCCUGAGGGGGUUUGGGGUUCCUGGGGUCCAUGGGCCCUGUGUUCCCAGCCCUGUGGGCUUGGAAUACAACGUCGGAGCAGAAUCUGCCAGACAUCCACAUCUUUACUCCAAUCCGGGUUGCCUCUACCAGCCAGGCCACCUCGACAUCCAGAGCCCAUGCCUGCUCGAUCCCGAAACCACAGACCCCAGCCCCCUAGAGAGACCCUCCCCCUUUAUAAGCCAGAGCCCAGGGGAAGGACUGGACCUCAGGGAGGUAUCCCAUCCCAAGCAGGACAAGAGGAGACUCGGGAGGCCUCAACUGCAAGGAGGUCACGAGUUCGAGAUCCCAUCAAACCAGGAAUGUUUGGCUAUGGGAGAGUUCCUUUUGCUCUGCCCCUACAUCGGAACCGGCGGCACCCACACAAACUGCCCAAAACGGAAUUCCCCAGUGAUGAGGCUUCUCAGACUCUAUUUCCAGAGACAGAGCCUCUCCAAGAUUCUAAAAUAAAGGCUUUCCAUGCUCUCACUGUUGAGACAGAAAAACCUGUUAACACUCAGCUGCCCCUAACCCAGAUCCCUUCCACAGUACUGCCUCCCCUGGAAGACUUUUAUAACCCCCAGAAUCCUGGGACAGAAGUGCCCUCUAAUACUAAGCCUCUGGGGACACAGACAUCCCCAAAGAAAACCAACUUCAAAACAAAGUCUUCGCCCACCCCAUCCCCCAGAACAAACAAUUCCCUUAAUCAGGUCCACCCACAGAGAUCACAUCAUUCCCAACAAGUGGGACCAGAAUGGAGAAGAUCCCCUCCUCCUUCCUCCUCUGCCCCCCGGGGCCAGGGCCGAGGUCAUCCAAGAAGGAGAGAGCAGUGGGUACCCAGGAUUCCCCAUCAACAAGUCGUCGAAGCUCCCCCUCACCAUUCAGAGAGCUGGCUGCCCUUACUUAGCCCCGGCCCCCACUCGGGUCCCCUCUGGAGCCUUUUUGCUCCCAGUGCUUCUGCCUUCAACUGUACUGGAGAGAAUGAGCAAUUAAGAGCCUGCAUUCAGAAGCCAUGUCCCCCUGAACAGCCGGAUCCAAGGGCCCUACAGUGUGCAGCCUUUGAUCCUCAGGAAUUUAUGGGCCGACUCUACCAGUGGGAGCCCUUCACAGAGGUCCAGGGUUCUCAACGCUGUGAGCUGAACUGCCGACCUCGUGGCUUCCGAUUCUAUGUCCGGCACACAGAAAAGGUCCAAGAUGGCACUCCCUGUCAGCCUGGAGCCCCAGACAUCUGUGUGGCUGGACGAUGCUUGAGCCCUGGCUGUGAUGGCAUCCUUGGCUCUGGCAGACGCCCAGAUGGUUGUGGUGUCUGUGGGGGAGAUAAUUCCACCUGCCGCUUUGUUUCGGGGAAUUUCACAGACCGAGGGGGCCUUCUGGGCUAUCAUAAGAUCCUGCUAAUCCCAGCUGGAGCCUCUCAGUUACAAAUUGCUCAGCUUCGACCCAGCUCCAACUACCUUGCACUUCGUGGUCCUGGGGGCAAGUCCAUCAUUAAUGGUAACUGGGCUGUUGACCCACCUGGGACCUAUACUGCUGGAGGCACUGUCUUCCAGUAUAUUCGGCCUCCCAGGGAGGAAGGGAGAGGAGAGAGUCUGACAGCUGAGGGGCCCACGACCCAGCCUGUGGAUGUCUAUAUGAUCUUCCAAGAGGAAAACCCUGGUGUCUCCUACCAAUACCUCAUCUCUUCACCUUCUCCAAACAUUGAAGACCCUACCCUAGCCCCUCUUGUUCCCCAACACCAGUCUGUUGAGGGUGUGAAGCCCUAUGGGGAAGAGAGAAAUAGAUGGGAGAGGAGGCAGAGAGGGGAGAUUUUAGGACCAGACCAUCAUGUGCCUACUCAGUCCCCCCCAGAGGGUCUAAAACUGGAGCCCCCACCACCUCCUCGAUUAGCUCGGACCCCAGGAACUCUGCAGCGUCAGGUCCGGAUUCCCCCUCUGCCUGCUCCUCCCCACCCCAGGCCUCCCCUGGCAUCCUCAACUGGAUAUUGGAAACGAAUGGGAUAUUCAGAGUGCUCAGCAUCCUGUGGAAAAGGUGUCUGGCGCCCAGUUUUCCACUGUGUAUCCCGUGAUUCUGGAGAGGAAAUGGAUGAGCAAAACUGUGUCCUAGGUUCCAGGCCACCUACCCCACCAGAGCCUUGCCAUGGCCCUCCAUGCCCCCCUUACUGGGAGGCAGGUGAAUGGACGUCCUGUAGCCGCUCGUGUGGCCCAGGCACCCAGCACCGCCAGCUCCGAUGUCGGCAAGAAUUUGGGGGGGGCGGUUCCUCGGUGCCCCUGGAGCGCUGCGGUCAUCUCCCUCGGCCCAAUGUCACCCAGACGUGCCAGCUGAGACUCUGUGGCCACUGGGAAGUACGCUCUGCCUGGAGCCAGUGCUCAGUCCGAUGUGGUCGGGGCCAGCGGAGCCGGCAAGUGAGAUGUGUGGGUAACCAUGGUGAUGAAGUAAGUGAACGGGAAUGCACCUCUGGGCCUCCGAGACCCCCCAGCAAAGAGGCUUGUAACAUGGGGCCCUGUACCAUCGCCUGGUUCCACAGCGAAUGGAGCUCCAAGUGCUCAGCCGAGUGUGGGACAGGAAUCCAGAGGCGCUCUGUGAUCUGCUUGGGGAGCGGAGAGUCCCAGGGGACUGGCGAAGAAGGGGAAGGGCUGGGGGGCAAAGGAAGAGGCUGCCCCACAGGGAGCCGACCCCCCGAUAUGCGGGCCUGCAGCUUGGGGCCCUGUGAGGCAACCUGGCAUUGGUACACGGGGCCGUGGGGUGAGUGUUCUGCAGAGUGCGGCUCUGGGACACAGCGCCGAGAUGUGAUCUGUGUGAGCAAACUGGGAACCGAAUUCAACGUGACAUCUCCUGGUAACUGCACUCAUCUGCCCAGACCUCCUACCCUGCAGCCUUGCAAGGGGGAUGGCUGCCAAGAUCAAUGGUUUUCCACCCCCUGGAGUACCUGCUCCAAGUCUUGCCUGGGGGGUGUCCAAAUGAGGGAGGUUCAGUGUCUGAGCGCCAACCAGACUCUCAGCACGAGAUGCCCUCCCAAUCUUCGGCCUUCCAGGAAGAGACCGUGCAACAGUCAGCCGUGUACUCAGCACCCCGAUGACCAUUGCCAGGACAACUCCCCACACUGCCCCCUCGUGGUCCAGGCUCGCCUCUGUGUCUACCCCUACUACACAGCCACCUGCUGCCGUUCCUGCGCCCAUAUCCAGGACAGGGCACCCCCAGAACCUGCCUGAGAUGGAGCCCAAGUGCCCCUUACAGUUAUCCCCCCAGCAUCAGCCGCCCCGUGGACUCUUUCCCCUUCCUGCCCUUGACCCGCCUCGUGGGACUCUGGGACAAAUACCAGCACCGUCUAUAUUUAACUUGGGAGGAGUCCGGGGCACGAAGAGUGCCAGGUUGUGGGGAGCUGGCUGGGGCAGUGUGUGGGUCUGUGUGUAUAGGUGUCCUUCCACGCGUCUGCGUCCCGGGUGCUAGUGCUGAUGGGACUGCGACUUCCUCCCCAGGACCGAGACAGAUGAAGUGCCUUCUUCUCCCCUGAACCUCUUCCAAGACAUUGGGGCGUUCUGGCCCUCUGAAUGUGCCCCAACCACCCUUGUCUUUCGAUCACGCUACAUUUCCCAUGCCCGAAUCACCCCUUCGGGCCUCUCUCUUCUCCCAGCACCCCUUGGCUUCCUGGGAGCCAACGAAUCCCCCGGUGCUCCUUUCCCCCACCCACAUCACCCACCCACCAGAGAAGGGACCAGCGUAGCCAGGGUUAUAGGCAUGGAAGAGGGAAGGGAAUUCUUCGCCUUAGGAUGCCCCAGCCCCUGGGCCCCCACCCUCCCACCCCAGAACUAAUUUAUUUUUUAUUAAAGACGACUGUGAUAAAUAAGAAA